AACGUUGAAUUCUCUGGACCAAUAUGGUUACCAGAUGCAUUUGGAUUCAAUUCUCAAAAACAAAAUGACGAUAAUUUAAAGAAUUCUUCUCUCUCUCUUUCUCCAUCUACUACAACAACUACAACACUUGAUAAUCAAAUCCCUUCUCCAAUUGGUGAUGAUGAUAAUUGUUGCUUUGAUUCACCACAACAAACAUUACAACAACCUCAAUUAUUACAAUUACCUCUUAAAAUCAAUACUUCUAACGUUGAAUUCUCUGGACCAAUAUGGUUACCAGAUGCAUUUGGAUUCAAUUCUCAAAAACAAAAUGACGAUAAUUUAGAGGACAUUCAUAACAAUAAUAACAAUACCAGUAAUCCAAUUUACAAUCAAACGUCGGAUAAUAAUAAUUGUUGCUUUGAUUCACCACAACAAACAUUACAACAACCUCAAUUAUUACAAUUACCUCUUAAAAUCAAUACUUCUAACGUUGAAUUCUCUGGACCAAUAUGGUUACCAGAUGCAUUUGGAUUCAAUUCUCAAAAACAAAAUGACGAUAAUUUAGAGGACAUUCAUAACAAUAAUAACAAUACCAGUAAUCCAAUUUACAAUCAAACGUCGGAUAAUAAUAAUUGUUGCUUUGAUUCACCACAACAAACAUUACAACAACCUCAAUUAUUACAAUUACCUCUUAAAAUCAAUACUUCUGUGACAUCUCCUGAAAUUCAGAUUACCCCUGAUCAUGGCAACGACUAUAUUGAUGGUGGCGGUGGCAUUAGAAGUGGUGAUGGAAGAAGUGAAUAA